GAUAUCCUAAAAUAUACUCUGAAUAUCAAAUUGAUUAUUAAUAAAAAGAAAAAGAAAAAACAAUGAAAGAGGAUGGGAAGAUAAACACAGACUCUCCUAAACAGAACAGUGGCAAUGAAUGAUUUGUGUGGAAUGGGUGAGUAAAUAAGUCGAUAAGUGAUAAGUGAGUGAAACGCCGCAUUCAGAACUCAGAACUCAGAAGACCGUGUAACGCACUCCACUGCACUGUUGUUCUCUCUCGAACUUAUCAGAUGAGCAGAGAAAAUACGCCAGCAAUGGCAAAGGAAGAAGUCUGUGAUGAUGGUUCCUCCAGUGUUGAGAAUGUGGAUUUAGAAUCUCAUGCUCGAAUUAGUCUCGACAAGGAUAAUGGCUUGGGAACCUGUCGUGUGUGCCAAUGUACCGAAUCUGAUAAAAAGGCAGAUGCCGCACUAGAAUUUUUGGGCAUCAUUCCAGGUUCAGAAAUGUGUAAAACCAAGGGGGAAGUGGGAUCUGAUGGUGGUGGCGAUGGAAUUCCCGAAAAUACGUCUCUUGACAGAAAUAAUGAGAAAAAUGCUGGUAUGGUGGAAUUUGUAAGCCCUAAUGGGGAGGUUUUCAUUUGUAAAAGCGAUUUGGAACUUGGUUUGUGUCAUCAAGAUAAAUUAGUUGAACUUGGAUGUUCUUGUAAAAACGACCUUGCUUUAGUACAUUAUGCUUGUGCACUUAAGUGGUUUGUCAACCAUGGAUCUACCAUUUGUGAAAUAUGUGGACAUAUAGCAAAUAAUAUCAGAAUUUCUGACUUCAAUAAGGUUGUUGGUGCUUUGAAGGAGUAUGAAGUAUUGAGGGAAAGAACUGCUAGUGGGGAUCCUGGUGCCGCACAUGUUCAUGCAAAUGCUGUUGUGGAUCCUGAUGCUGUGGCUGCUAUCCGGAGGCAACGGCUAAGUGAGAUUGCACUAUGGUUUUGUCCUUAUAAUAACAGUCACAAUAACAACAUCAGCAGUGUGGACACAGUUUCACAGAUUGUUUCUGAGCAGCCUUUAAGUAUUGUUACUGAAGAUGCUGCCCCCACACAGAAUCCUGCAACCAAGUGGGCCGUGGAGGGUACAGGGAUCCUGCUUGCUACGGGGCUGCUUACCAUCACCCUUGCAUGGCUUAUAGCUCCUCGUGUUGGAAAGAAAACUGCUAGAAGUGGUCUUCAUAUCUUACUUGGAGGAGUUUGUGCUUUAGCCGUGGUGGUUUUCUUCCGCUUUUUUGUGCUUACCAGAAUCAAGUAUGGACCUGCACGUUAUUGGGCAAUCUUGUUCGUUUUCUGGUUUCUUGUCUUUGGAAUAUGGGCUUCAAGGACCCAUGGUGCCCACACAACAUGAUCCCAUAGUGCAGUUGUUAUACUAUUGACAAGUGUACCAAUUGUUGUCACAGUUUACAAAAUUUGUAGUUAAGAUCGUCUUCUCGGGAACUUGGGUUACUCAGUUCCUUGGUAAUAUUAAAUAGUUUAAUAGUUAUAUACAUGUUUGAUCGAAAA